UCCGUCCUCCUCGCCAAGUGAUGCUCCUCGGCGGGGCGGCGCACAUCGGCGGGUUGUCACCGCUCGCUGCACGGAGGGCAGCUCCGGCUUGUUCUGUCUCCUCGGGAAACACUCAGGAGCUAAAUGACGAGCGAACAUGGGGAUUUAAGUGAGGUUCUGUGAGAGUGAGCCGGAGUACGAGUGAGCUCAGGUCCCAUCCGAGAGAAGAGAGGGAGGAGGAGGAGGAGGACUAGGGGGGAACGGUCCCGUAGGGACGGGGACGCAGCAGAAGGUUCUGUGCUCCACAGAGUUUGUGAUGGACUCCGGGUUCUGCUCCAUGUUGUUUGUUUGUGCAGAAUAACAUCGGCGGGUUUUAAGGACGAGGUUGUUGGAGUUGGUGGCUCGUUGGGAUCUGUUUGUGAUGGAGUGAGUGAGAGAGGGCGCACGAGAACUUCAGCCUCGCCAUGAAAUCAGUGCUCUUCAGCCGCUUCUUCAUCCUUCUGCCCUGGGUCCUCAUUGUCAUCAUCAUGAUCGAUAUCGACAGUAAAAGGACGAUCCGGGCUCCGGCGGCCGCUCGGACCGGCAGGGCGCAGCGGGCGGCCCGGACCGGCGCGCCAGGGGUCGGUGUCACCCCCAAUCAGACCGCGCUGCCGGUCAUCUACGCCAUCACUCCGACUUACACCCGUCCGGUGCAGAAAGCGGAGCUGACCCGGCUGGCACACGCCUUCCGCCAGGUGCCCCGGUUCCACUGGGUCGUGGUGGAGGACUCCACGACGUGCACGGAGCUGGUGGCGCGCUUCCUGGCCCGGUGCGGCGUGCCGUUCACGCACCUGCAUGUGUUCACUCCCCGCAGGUUCAAGCGCGCCGGGAUGCCACGCGCAACCGAACAGAGGAAUGCGGCUCUCGCGUGGCUCCGGCAGCACCGGAGCCGGCGGGACCCCGGGGUGGUGUUCUUCGCGGAUGAUGACAACACGUACAGCCUGGAGCUGUUUGACGAGAUGCGAAGCACUCGAGGUGUGUCCGUUUGGCCUGUGGGAUUUGUGGGUGGCAGAGCUUACGAGCGCCCCCUGGUGUCUGGGGGCAAAGUGGUGGGCUGGUACACGGGCUGGAGACCGGACAGACCCUUCGCUACAGACAUGGCAGGUUUUGCAGUGAACCUCCAUGUUAUCCUGGCGAACCCGCGGGCGCUGUUUAAGCGGCGUGGCUCCCAGCCCGGGAUGCAGGAGUCCGACUUCCUCAAGCAGAUCACCAAUGUCACUGAGUUGGAGCCCAAGGCCAACAACUGCACCAGGGUGCUGGUUUGGCACACACGCACAGAGAAGCCGCACCUCGCAAAUGAGCCCAAACAUCGAAAGGACACCGUGGUCAUCGAGGUGUGAGAGGACGGAGCUGAGCACAGGAUCCGCGAGCAGGAGCUGUUUGUGGCUGCCCGUUACCUCUCGGCUGGAAAUAAAGACAGCCCCCUCCUCUGUCUCCUUAUCGGGUUCAUACGAACUGGUCACGACGGACACGGACUCGGAGGAGCUGCAUGACUCAAGACUUCUGGCUGUCUGUCAAACGUACUUUGUGAGAACUGGAAGCCACGCAACAUGUUCCUUUUACAAACUGGGAUGACUUGGAUUGUGGAUUUUCUCCAUCCAUGACUUGCUGAUGAAAAGAAAACACUGACAUGAAUAUCUGUUUGAAUCAUGAAUACCUCAUUGUCAAGUUAACUGUUUCACCGUGGUGUGGUUUCCAUAAACAAGGCUUGUGGUCCACAGCAUAUGUUUGAUGACAGUGGUAAUGUUCUGCUGAUGUUUGUCAUAGUUCAAGGAGUGUUCAGCAUCAGGGGUAAUUCUGGAGCUUGCUCUCUCUCUGAGAGUGACAUGAGAAGGUUAACAGUUGUUACCAUGAAGCUUGGUUUAAAGACAGGAAGCAGGUUAAACAGGAACGCUGCACCACUCGAGUUGAAACACUACAGAAACCAAACUACUGACACAAUUCGGGCCGGGAGAUAUAACUUAAAAUCAAUAUCUCUAUUAUGUCAAACUUUCACCUCGAUUAUGAUUAAUGAACAUUACGUUCUGGCUGAGACACGUUAGGUCUCGAGAUGUGUGAGGAACUUGAAACGCAGUCUCAGUAGAAAGUUUGAAAUCUCUCUGGCUGCGUUUUAGUCCUGCCGAGUAGAAACUGAUUUGACUCUCACAACUGUUUGCUGAUUGGGUCUUUUCAGUCAUUCCUCAUCAUUGUGCUGAUUCGUGAGUGGUCACAUGAUAUGUGUUUUCAGACUCGUUGGUACGGACGGGUAUUAAACCUGAUACAGACCCUCAAUACUCAUAUGGAAAGAGAACAGAACAGUUUAAUUUUCUUUUACAAAUUUCAAACAGAGGCUGAGUGGUAUGGAUGUAAGUAACCCUAACCCUGUUUGCAGUUGCAUAAUGCAACACACACAAUCAUUUGUUUUCUUUUCCCUCCCAGGAGGAAAGUGAGCGAGUUUGCAAAAGUAUUAACUAUUACACUUCAACCCACACCCCCACACCUCUCUGACUGAGCCAUUUAGCUUUUUUACAUAAUCUUUUCAGUCUUUUCAUCACUUUCCAAACGUUUCAGCUCCAGUUGUUCUGAAAAAAUACCACCAUCUCCAUGUGUGUUAAACAGAACCAGCUCUGGUCUUCUUGUUGACCUUAAUCACAUGUCUCAAAGGUAAUGUGGUGAUGAUUUAUUGAUCCCUAAAUGCUACGUAAUUCUCCUUUAAAUCACCCUGAACUGAUCUUAUAUAAUGAACUGGAGCAACCUUCGCCCUCCUCUCAUCCUGAAUACAUGCGCAGGGUGUGAUCAGGUUUGGAAACGCAACACGUGAAGUAACAAGAAGCACCACUCCUGACAAACUGCAAUCAAUAAUGUAGAGUCUCGAGGCCGACAACAAAGAACUGGCCUCAUAGGAAAACCUCGACAGAAGAAUAAAGAGGGAUAGCUUGAGUAGAUGUAAACAGCACAUCAGAUGUGCUUCUGGUUUCACAUUUCAAAUGUGCAAGGCACCAUUUCUUCAGUGUGCUUUAACAGCCGUGUUGCCAGCUGGAGUGCGGGACUCUGAACGUCUGUCACAUUCAAGCACUUCGCCAAAACAGUUCACACAGAGCCGAUGCAGCCUGUGAGGGCCGGGGAGAUCUCUCUGUGUUUAGCAGAAUAACAGAGUCUAAAUCUGGUGUCUGUGGCGACGCUGCCACACUGUGCAGUGGCUGCGAUGCCUUCUGCAUGAACUGGGGAGCAACCGUAACAAUGGAGAUGCAGUUGGCUACAGCAACUGUGACAGAACAAUGCAAGGAAGCUUCCAAGGAAAGUUUCUGAUGCUCUACAUAACAAGGAGAGUCGUCGUUCAGAGGAAGGAUUGGUCUGAAAAAGAAAAAUGAUGGACCUUGAGGACAAUCGUGGAUUUAAAACUGGUGUGGCCGAUCCUCGUUGGCUGACUCAAGCUUUUAAAGUUCUUGGAUAGGUUAGCAGUAGGUAGCUAUUAUUUACACAGAAUUAUUGUCUUGGAACUAUGGUCAUUUCUGUGUUUGACGGUGUCUGUGUCACUGCCAGAAGGGGGAGACUAGAGUUCCACACUGCAGGUUUACAUUUAGAGGGGCCUGAAUACGUCUUUGUAUCGCAAGUACACACAGGAAAUAAAAAACAGGAUUAAAGCCAGGAUUCUACAGCCUUUAUUCCAAAUUACCCUCUUGUAAAACUUGGAACAGAAAUACAGGAGCAAACAAAAUCCCCCAAAAGAUAAAACAGUACUUUUACAGUUAAGAGUCAUUGGACAAAGACAAACACAGAAAAACUUUUCUUGCUAUUUAUUGUUUCAAUGCACAG